AAUCUCAAAUCAUUUACGCAUCGAUACAGUGAAUGAUGCUUGCCUUUUCUCCUAUCAACCAAUCUUCUCCACAAAGCGCACUUUGUCUCUUUCUUUUUCGCUCUCAAUAAUAUCAUUCGAAUCACUUCUCUUUCUUUUCUUUUCACUGUUCAUUAAGCUGUUCUUUUGUAUCCAUCUGUUUUCUGCUGUGAUUUCUUUUCAGUUUCUUUGUAAAAAAAAUCCCAUUCCGAAAUCUGGGUUUUCAUUUACCAUCAAAAUUCAGUGGUAACCAAAACCAAUCUCUGUUGUUUUUGUUGUUUUUUCUACUUUUCUUUUAAAAACCAGAAAGUCCAUGUCAUCUAGCUUAAUGAAACUGAACCUUUUUCUUGCUAACUUGGGGAACAGUUGUUCUUUUUUCUUGGGAAACUAAACACUUCCUCACUAACCAAACGAAAAGGAGAAGACUUCACGCUUGGACUUCGUACAGCUGUCGCCAGCCGGUGAAGUAUGGUGUAAUAUUGGAAUUUUGCUCAAUAAUUCAGCUUCCUGUUCUGAUUGAACGGCAAUCAUGAUGCCCUUCAACAAUUCCACAAUGAUUAAACAUUGGUUUCUACUGUUUACAAUCAUGGCUUCUGCUCUUUUCCCGCCAUGUUCCGCCAUUAACGUCGAAACCCGAGCUCUUCUCGACGUUAAAAGCAAGCUCAGAGACCCUUUAAACGUCUUAGGUUCCUGGAAAGAAUCAGAUUCUGCAUGCAAAUUCUAUGGAGUUACUUGUGAUCCUGUUUCGGGCAAUGUCACUGAGAUUUCACUUGCUGGAAAAUCAUUGUCCGGCGAGAUUUCACUUUCCAUCUCCAUGCUUAACAGUCUUGAAACCCUUUAUUUGCCUCUCAAUUCCAUUUCUGGGGAACUUCCUGACCAAAUAAACCAUUGUUCAAACCUCAGAGUUUUGAACAUAAGCUGGAAUAAAAUGGUUGGAAUUAUACCCGAUCUUUCUGGACUUAAGAGCUUGGAGAUUCUUGCAUUGGCGUUUAACUCGUUUUCCGGCAGGUUUCCGAGCUGGAUCGGAAACUUAACCGGUCUGGUUUUUCUUGUUUUAGGUGGAAAUGAUUUUGAUGAGAGUGAAAUUCCGGAGAGUAUUGGGAACUUGAAGAACUUGAAUACCCUGUAUCUUCGCAACUCCAAUCUGGUUGGGCAGAUUCCAGAGUCCGUUUUUGAGCUGAAGGCCUUACAGAUAUUGGAUUUGUCCUGGAACAACAUUUCUGGGAAUAUCCCGAACUCAAUUUCAAAACUGAAAAACCUUAACCAGAUUGAGCUGUUUUUCAACAAUUUGACAGGGGAGUUACCACCAGGGAUAGCUGAUCUUCCUCUCUUGAAAGAAUUCGAUAUCUCCUCGAACCGGCUGAAUGGGACACUGCCAAAAGAGAUUGGAAAGAUGAACUUGACGGUUUUUCAAUGUUACAAUAACAGCUUUUAUGGAGAGAUCCCUGCAGGAUUUGGAGAUAUGCAGCAUCUUAUAGGGUUCUCAGUCUAUAAGAACAGGUUUUCCGGGCAAUUUCCAGCCAAUUUCGGUCGGUUCUCCCCUUUGAUUAGUAUUGACAUAUCAGAGAAUCAAUUUUCAGGUGGAUUCCCGAGGUUCUUGUGUGAGAGGGGAAAGCUAGAAAUCUUACUGGCUCUUGACAAUAACUUUUCAGGGGAGUUUCCGGAUUCUUAUGUUGAAUGCAAAUCACUGGUAAGGCUAAGGGUGAACAAGAAUCAUCUUUCUGGAAAUGUUCCUGAUGGAUUUUGGGCACUUCCACAUGCCAAUAUGAUUGACUUCAGCGAUAAUGACUUCACUGGAGGAGUAUCCGCCAGCAUUGGAUCUUCCAUCGGCUUGAAUCAGUUGGUUUUGCAUAACAAUAAAUUUUCGAGCUCUCUUCCCUCCGAGCUUGGCAAGUUGACAAACUUAGAGAAGCUUCUUUUGAAUAACAAUAACUUUUCCGGCAACCUACCGGCUGAGAUUGGUGCCUUGAAGCAGUUAUUCUCGUUAGGUCUCGAGCAAAACUCGUUAACGGGAUCGAUACCUGCGGAACUAGGUAAUUGUGUUAGAUUGGUGGACUUGAAUCUCGCUGAUAAUUAUUUGAGUGGCAUUAUCCCACCAACAGUUUCAUUCAUGAGCUCUUUGAACUCUCUGAAUCUUUCGGGAAACAAACUCACCGGUCCAAUUCCGAAGAAUCUCGAAAACCUGAAGCUAAGUUCCAUUGAUUUGUCUGAGAACCAAUUGUCUGGAAAUGUUCCUCAUGAGCUCUUGACCAUAGGCGGAGUCAAAGCGUUUCUUGGUAAUAGGGGACUCUGCAUUGACAAAAUGUUCAGAAAUAAUAUGAAUGAUACCGUGUUGAAUGUUUGCAGGGAAGAGCAGGGUCGGAAAAUGGUGUUCGGGGAUAAAUCAGUUUUCUUCAUCGUAAUAGUAGUUGCUUUAAUUAUGGUUCUAGCUGGAUUAUUGCUCGUGAGUUACAAGAACUUCAAGCAUAACCGAGAAGACAUGGAGAACAGUUUAGGAGGCAACAAGGGAGUAAAUCCGAAAUGGGAACUUGCAUGUUUCCACAACAUGGAUAUCGAUGCCGAUGAAAUAUGUAACCUAGAGGAACGAAACCUGAUUGGAAGCGGCAGUACCGGAAGAGUUUACCGUCUGGAUUUGAGAAAAAAGGGUGUCGUGGUCGCUGUGAAGCGACUAUGGGAUGGAGAAGGCCUUAAGGUUCUGGCAGCAGAGAUGGAAAUUUUGGGCAAAAUCCGUCACCGAAACAUACUGAAGCUCUAUGCUUGUCUAAAGAAAGGCAGAUCAAGCUAUUUGGUAUUCGAAUACAUGGCAAAAGGCAACGUGUUUCAAGCACUUCACCGAGUGAAAAAAGACGGGAAACCCAAAUUGGACUGGCAUCGAAGACAUAAGAUUGCCUUAGGUGCUGCUAAGGGAAUUGCUUAUCUGCACCAUGAUUGCUCCCCUCCUAUCAUUCAUAGGGAUAUAAAAUCAUGCAACAUUUUACUCGACAAGGAUUAUGAGCCGAAAAUCGCCGAUUUUGGGGUCGCAAAGGUUGCAGAAAAAUCUCUCAAGGGAUCUGAAUGGAACUGUUUUGCAGGCACCCAUGGUUAUAUCGCUCCUGAGCUUGCCUAUACACUAAAAGUGACUGAGAAGAGCGAUGUGUAUAGUUUCGGAGUAGUGUUACUUGAACUAGUGACCAGAAGAGCAGCCAUUGAGGAGGAGUACGGAGAAGGGAAAGAUCUUGUAUACUGGGUUUUAUCUCACCUCAAUCAUCAUGAAAACGUCCUCAAGGUUCUUGACGGUAAAGUAGCCACCGGAACUGCCACCGUGCGAGAUGACAUGAUGAAGGUCUUGAAGAUCGGUAUCCUCUGCACUGCCGAGCUUCCAAAUUUGCGCCCCACCAUGAGAGAAGUAGUCAGGAUGCUUGUUAAUGCUGAACCAGCCCGUUCUACGUCUCCAGAUAGCCAGUCUGACAAAAAUUGGUAACGGUUUUGCUUUAUACUAUGUUAUUCGGACUCCUGUGGUUGUCGGAUGCGACUAUGUGUUCGACAUGUGUAUAGUUAAAUUUUUCUAAGCUUUUUUUCUUCGUUUAUUUGGAGGAUUUUUAAAAUCAUAUUCCAAUAUUUAUGUACAAGAUAAAUAAAAGGGUGUGGGUGUUGAAGGAGUUAAAA